UUAAAAAAAAGCUUAAAACAUGUCUGAAGAACUCAAUAACACACAGAAGCAGGAAACAACAACAACUUGUUUGUGUAAGAUAGAAACUGAGGAAUGCUCAAAAGAUCUGCAGAAGGAAGUAGAAGAAAAAAAACACACAUUCAGGAUUAAUUUAGAUUCCAACACAUAUUCUGUCCCGUGUAAUCCAUCCGUGACUGUGAUUGAGGCUCUUCGAACAAACCAAACCUUCAUGGAUGAAAAAGCCAAAUUUAAAAACCAGCAGAAACAAAUAAUCAUCCAGAGAUCCAACGGAGAAUUCCCUAGAGCUGCUGUGAAGACUGAUUUCCCCUGCUGUCUUGUAGAAAGAGACGAGAUCUUAGAUAUAACUUUCAUGAAAGAAGAAACAACUUAUAUGGAAAGACAUUCUAAAUAUAAUACAAAUCAAAAACCUGAAACUUUAGUCACCUUUUGGGUUAAAAAAGAAGGAGGAACAAACGUGAAAAGGUUGCUGAAGAGCAGUGCUCUGAAAAAGAUUGUUCCCUAUGUUUGUGUGUGGGCAUUCAAAGGAGAGAAAGUCAAAAAUGCUCUUAAACGUGAUGGACGAUUCAACAAUGUCAUCUACAGGAAGAACUGUGGACUUUCUGAGUUUGGUAGCGAGACGAGGUAUGAAUUGUCAAUUCCUGUUGAUGAUCUCGACAGAAAGGCUUUCCAGGUUGUUGUUAUUAGUAACAAGUAUCAAACAGACAGUCAAGAGUCGGUCAACACUGAACACCAGUCAAUCACUUCAGAAGCUGAUACGGCAGAAAAGGCUGACAAAAUUCUGAAUCCUAUCAAUACAGAGCCAGAACAAAAACAAACCGAAAACACAAAAAAGUCAAGAGCUUCUUCACUGUCUGUUCCUAAACGGUUCGCCACUAAACGCAUUGAUAAUUCUACAGACACUCUGGAUUUUCUGCGUAAUCAGUUUCAAGAUUUACUGAAGACAUUAAAGCAGAGAGAGAACCUGAAGAACAGCUCUGAUGUCCAGAAGUUCUUCAGAGCAGAAUUUGGUAAAAGUGUUGAGAAUUUCUCUGAGGUGAGGAAGGUAAAGCAGCUCAUGAAAUUUUCAGACUCUGUGUGUCAGAUUAGAAAGGAAGGGUCUGCCUUAGGAACUGGCUUCUUACUCUUUGACGGAUUCAUCCUCACCAAUGCUCAUGUUAUUGGGAUAUACGCUGACCUUACCAAAGUAAACUUUGCAGAGUUCACAGCUGUAUUUGAUUAUGAAGCCCUGAAUUCAAAGAUCAAGUGCAUCCCAGUUAAAAAGCUCACAUCUUUCUUUUAUGGAAAGGAUGAGAGUGGCUGCCAUCUUGACUAUGCUCUACUUGAACUUGAUGACACUCCUAAAAUUGAGAUGAUUCCAUUGAUUGAUUGUUACAGUGCAAACCGUCCUUUUAAUAGUCAGAUCUGCUUUAAAAGUCAGAUUUGCAUUGUGGGACAUCCAGGUGAAGGGGUCAAGAAAAUGGACCCGUGCUUCAUCAUUGAAAAAGAGCAUCUACAAGAUGCUGCAAAUAAACACAUAGCUGAGAAUGCUGAUUACAUUCAUGUGAUGACACAAAGUGCUUUGGAAGACAACUGGAAAAUUCACGAGAACCAGACCACUUAUGAAUCUUGCUUUUUUCAUGGAUCUUCUGGCUCUCCGGUUUUUGAUGCAGACUGCAAACUGAUUGGUGUGCACACUGGUGGAUAUGUCUAUCCAAAACCAGGAAACAAAUUUGGAAGCAUGAUAGAAUACAGCUUUUCAAUGCAGCCCAUCCUGGUCAACAUCAGAGCACAGGCUAAAAUAAAAGGUUUACAUGAGAUUGUCAAUAAAUUAGCACUCUACAGAGUGAAAGAAAUUAUGCCUGAGACUCCAGAACAUGAUAAUCAAAGCGUCUGUGAAAUGGAAUAUUCUGAUGAAGAAUCCAAGUGGUCAUAAGAGACAGAAGACUCUGACUAUUGACUAAAGCAUCCAAGGACUUUAGUUGGGUUCAAUUGGGACACAGACUGAGCCAUGAUGGUAUGCCAACUGGUCUGACUUAAGUCAAGCAAGCAGAACAAUCAACAUGAUUGUUAUUAGGCAGAGAAAGAAUAUACAGGUAGUUAAUUCUUUAUUACAUUUUUCAUUAUUUUUUCAAUAUCACUAUUGUGUAUUGCAGUGUAUUUUGUGCACGCUUGUGUAUCCAUAUAUAUUCCUAAACAUAAACAUUUAUCAUAAAUCAUUCUCUCAUUUUCAUAUUCAGUUUUUUAUUUUAUUUUACGUUUGUGUUGAUGUUUCAUGUUGAUUUUACAUAGAUUUAUUAUUCAGCGUUGUCCUUAGUAAAGGAUCAUAUUAAAGCUUCUACACAAAUACAGUAUAUUGAUUGAUUUGACAGAACUGCUGUAAUACGAGACAAG